AUGUCCUCGACGAGGAUAUCGCCAAUUCUGGAGGCAUGGUACAAGUGGAAGUCGCUCAGACUACCAUGGCGUAAACGCUUUCUAGUCGGCCGUGACCUGCAGGGUUACACAUACUGGGAGUUCCGCGAGCACCGCGGCGACGGACCCGGUCGCUUCCGCCGAAUCGUCCACUACCCCCGUUCGACAUACCUCUCCGACGUGAAGGUGUCGCCGUUAUGGCACCAGUGGCUGCGACACACCCGCGAGCACCCGCCGUCGCUCGAGGAACAGUCCACCGAGGUCGUCAGACAGCAGCGGAUGAAGAUGCUGGCCGCCCAGGCGGACGCGCGUUGGGAGGCGAAGCCGAGGGUGAUGGACGCGCCGGGGCAGCCGAUGGGACAGCCCCUACCGGCGUUGAACACGGCGCAGACGCAGCCGAUAGCACCGGAGCUAGAGACGACGAACGCGGAGACGACCGCUGAGGCGACGGCAACACCAUCGCCUGAACCGACACUGAAACCUAGCUCGACGAAGAAGAAGUAUGGUCACGAUCCAUGGGAGCAGGCGAAGGGGCCCGGCGAAAGCUGGCAGCCCCAAGCGUGGGUACCGCCGCCGGCGGCCAAGAAGUAG